UAGUAUUCUUUCGAAGAGAUCAUAUGCAAAAAGAAAAACUUGAAGACUUUCUUGCAGGUGACACAGGCAACCAGGUUUUGCCGAUAGAUAUCACAACUGAGCCCCCACAACAGAGACGACGUUACGAAUCCAACUCCCUCAGAGAGGGUGUCCUCAGGGGAAAGCUGGCCCUGGUUCAACAAGGGAUCGAAUUUGCGAUGCGGCAAAUUUCGUCAGGCUUUUCUUCCUUUGCCCCUGUACUGAAUGAAGACUUGGAGGAGUUCCGUGACACUCUGCAGACGCCUGAUGAAGAAGAAAAUGAGGAGGAAGAAGAUGACGAAGAGGAGUCUGAUGAGAGUAGCGAUGACGAAGGAGACGACGCCACUCCGUCUAUAGCCAUACAGUCUAAAGACUUUGGCCAAGGCGUCCACGCCUGGUGUUUCCCUGAAACAAUAAGUCAAGGAACAUUCAACGGUAGAAACGGAAGCAGUGCAUGCAGCGUAAUUGCCUUGGUAAUUGGCCAUAUUUUCUGGAGCAAAUCUCUUUUGCUCCCGCGUCCGUCCGCUUUGCUCCCAGAGAGUAACGUUGCUGCAAUGUGCGCAGGUAUCGAGCAGGGAAACAGGAUUUAUGACCUGCAAAGGAGUAGCCUUCCCACGCGGUACCUCUCCAUAGAGGAAGCCGCAGGCUAUCUCGCACCAUGGUUUGACUGCUCCAUUCGUGAGACCUUACCCGUCCGCCUAGAAGAUCCGCACGAGGAAACAACAAUCGUAUAUCAGCUACAAAAUGCCGUUCCUCCUGUGGGGUCUUUCAAUCUAGCUUGCCUUACGAUAAGUUGUAGGUCUGCACUUUUCGUGAUCAGCGGCACUCAAAUUGCUUACUUUGAUAGCCACUCGCAUAUGGCUAAUCACGGCGCGCUAGUACUGUUAUGUGCAACAGAAAACAUGCGUACGUUUUGCGAAGCGUUAUGGCGUUACGAGGGCUUUAACAAAUCCACAUAUGGUAACUUAUCUAUGGUAGAAUUCCAUUAAAUUUGUAGCCGGGGUCACCUGCUGAAUAGACAAAUUGUUAGUCGUCCCUAACUUUUACUCGCUAACAUAUGCGCACACGCAAAUCUUCAGUGGAACAUAGGGAUGGGUGUCCUAUCGUGAUACAGAACGAGGACUCUUUACUUCGGGAUAUCAUUUCUGUCCCAACGCAACGUUAGGUAAAAGUGAUUGUAUAGGCAUGUAACUGUAACUGUAAAGUAGCACAUUUAUAUUAAUCCGGCGAGGCUGGGAUUAUCAAACAGACAGAACUUAUAAUUAAAAGUAGUGAACAAAUCAAA